AUGGCCGAGUCGCCGGAGGAGGUGGCGGUGCUGGUGCAGCGGGUGGUGAAGGACAUUCGCAACGCUUUCCAGCGGAACCCCUACAUAGAUGAAAUUGGAUUGAUACCCUGCCCUGAAGCCAGGUAUAACCGGAGCCCUAUUGUCCUGGUAGAAAACAAGCUUGGUGUGGAGAGCUGGUGUGUCAAGUUUCUUUUGCCAUAUGUCCACAAUAAACUUCUCCUCUACAAACAAAGAAAGCAAUGGCUGAACAAAGACGAGCUGAUAGAUAUCACAUGUACACUGCUGCUGCUGAACCCCGACUUCACCACUGCUUGGAACGUGAGGAAAGAAUUAAUACUGUCUGGCACUUUAAAUCCACUUAAAGACUUGCAUCUUGGAAAACUGGCGUUAACCAAGUUUCCAAAGAGUCCAGAAACAUGGAUUCAUAGACGAUGGGUGCUGCAACAACUAAUUCAAGAAAACUCCCUGCCUAGUCUUAUGACUAAAGGAAACUUGGGAGCAGUACCUGUGGAGAGAAUUCACCAGCUAGUACAGGAGGAAAUGAAUGUCUGCUCUGAAGCUGCUGGGAGAUAUCCAAGCAACUACAAUGCCUGGUCCCAUCGCAUCUGGGUUGUACAGCAUUUGGGAAAGCUGACUGUCAAGAUUCUCCUCGAUGAACUUUCAUCCACUAAAUAUUGGGUAUCCAUGCAUGUCUCAGACCAUAGUGGAUUUCAUUACCGCCAGUUCUUACUCAAGUCCUUGACAGGCAGAACUGUGACUGACAAUAAUACACUGGUUCAAAAUCAAAUGGUACACGAGCAAAAGGAGGAGAGCAGUGCAGGGGCAGAAGCUGCCUGCACAGAGGAGCAGAGUGUGGAUCUCCCUCAUCAUUUAGAAAAAGAGUUGGAGCUGUGCACUGAACUGAUUGAUACUUACCCAGGACAUGAAACCUUGUGGUGUCAUAGAAGGCAUGUAUUCUACCUUCAGCACCGCUUAAGCAACAAACUUCCUCUUCUGAGCACGAUGGUACCAUCUGUGGAUAGCAGUGAUGAAACUCUGAGUAAUUCCCACCACAGUCCUGCAACAAGCCACACAGCACAAGCUAUGGAUGUUGAUGGUUUGAAUGAAUCCGGCGCCAAACAAGGUUAUACCCAAGAAACAAAACGCCUGAAGCGUGCUGUUAUGCAGGACUCUCUUGGUCUAGAAAUGGAAUACCGGUUCAUUGAUAACGUAUUAUCAACUUGUAGGGAUGUGGACCAAGCCAGGUUUGCUGCUGCUUAUAGGAAAUGGUUAGUUACCUUUUUAGAUCAGUGA